CAGGGCACCUUCGGCAAAAAAAAGUUCUUCCAGAGUGUAUUUUCCGAUCUUCGUAUACGAUCGAUCCCGUUGGUGAAUCCUAACACAGACUUCGAACUGACUCCUUCAUCAUGUCUUCGUUCGCCGGCUUAACCGUUGUUGCCAACGGUAAGCGUUGCUCCGACUGGACCCCCGACACCGGCGCCACACACGGCAGCGGGUACCACCUGCUUCUAAUCCAGGACUACUCACGCACCAGAAGAGAGGUCACAACCGGCGAGCACAUCAGCUCUCAUCCUUUCACGGUCGGGGGCCACCGGUGGUCCGUGCGGUACUACCCCAACGGCGACAAGCCCGACUGCGCCGACUUCGUCUCCCUCUACGUCGACCUCCUCGACGACACCUUCGAGAAGCCCAUCGAGGUGCAGUUCAAUUUCAGCUUUGUCGACCCGGCAGCGAAGCACAAGAAGUCGGCGAACAUAGGUGAGUCCGGUAGGUCCGUACCGGACGUAUUCUCCCAAGUAAAUUCUGCCUGGGGUUGGGAGAAGUUCAUCGAAAAAGACGCCGUCGAGCGGUGGGCGAAACAUAUGGGCAAUUGUCUCGCCAUCCGGUGCGACAUCGUCGUGGUCCGUGACCACGCCGAGCUGGUCCUACCGGACAUUGGCCAGCACCUUCACCAACUCCUUGAGACCGAGUUGGGCGCCGACGUGAGAUUCGAAGUCGGCGGCGAGUUGUUCGCCGCGCACCGCUACAUUCUCGCUGCCCGGUCAUCCGUCUUCAGGGCGCAGCUCUUCGGGCCCAUGAAGGAGGGCGCUACUACCAUGCCUGGUGCCAUAGUGAUCGAAGACAUGAAGGCAAAUGUGUACAGGGCUAUGCUCAGCUUCAUCUACACCGACUCUUUGCCUACGAUGGAGAAGGCGGAGGAAGACGAGGAGGGUGUAAUGUGGCUGCAGGACCUACUCGUGGCGGCGGACAGAUACGAUCUGCAGCGGCUCAAGUUCUUGUGCGAGGAGAAACUAUCAGAGCACAUCCGCGUGAGCACGGUGGCGUCCACUCUCGCGCUAGCGGAGCGGCACCAUUGCCGCAUGCUCAAGGAAGCGUGCUUCCAGCUUCUCCAAGUCCAAACCCCCUCGUGCUUGCAGGAAGUGAUGGCGUCUAGCGGCUGGGAGCAUAUAGUCACGGCGUACCCAUCGGUUUUGAACGAGCUCAUUGCCAAGCUUAUAUCGUUGAAUCAGAAGUAA